GUUUGGACGUCAAGAGUUUCGGCGAUUAUUGGGUUCUGGUGUAAUGCAGCUUGCACAUUUAUCCAUUAGGCUGGGAUAUGGAAAUCUGAAAAUGAUUCAUUAGUAAAUUAUUGAAAUAUCUGAACUGCGAAAAAGCUCAAACAUACUGAGUGCAGCAGUGGUUUGAAACUCCUGGUAAUUAAAGCGCUUAAGAAGAGAUGAACUCUGUGGUGAAGAAAUCCCUGCGAGCCCCGUUCCGACAGAUGACCAGCUGCCUGUCAGGGGUCCAGGACGGGUUCAGUCGGAAAAACAAGACGGUCCGGAGGAAGAGUGCGCCCUGUUGCUACGGUCAAACCGCACACGACUCUUCUUGGAUAAGGGCCUACCAAGCAGAACUGCACAGGGAAAGGAAACUGAGGCAAGUGAAGUUUGCGCAGAAGAGUGUGGAGAGAGCAGCAGAUAGAGCGCAUAACAGAAGUCCACAUCGUUUCUCAAAGCCACCUGUAGCAAGGACACAAAGCAAGAGGGCCACCAAAAAUGAUGACUCUCUUUUUGGUGCCUUCCAAGGGCUCAGGCUCAACAUGGGUGGAGCACAGUCUUCCAUGCCGACACCAGCAAGUGCAGAUCAAUGUAAAGUCAUGUGACGACAGAAGAUAAUCCAAAUGACUGUAAAUCUGAUCAUGUGACAUCUUUGAUCACCCUUGUCCAGUUUCUCACCCGAUUAUCCUUUAUUAUUGUUAUAUUGCAAACUUAAGUCCUA